AUGAUUCUGGAUGAGUCGGCAUUCCACGACAGGCAUCAGGAUAUGCGCCUCGACAUAGAUAACAUGUCUUAUGAGGUCAGAUGGUCAAUCCCAGUCAUUUCUGUCUUCAUCUGUUGAACUCAUCUGGUCAACUCAUCAUGGCGAUUGCUUAUCCGUCCCUGGCAGGAGCUGUUGGCAUUGGAGGAGCGGAUUGGGAAUGUGAGCACAGGGCUGGGUGAGGACACCGUGCACAAGAACUUGAAGCAGAGGAAGUAUGUAUCUUCUGCAGCCCGCAAGGCAGAAUCCUGCUGUAUCUGCCAGGUAAGAGAGACCAGCCGGUCGUCCAUGUAUUUGGCAGCGUCCUUGGCAAUAUUCUCUGGUAUUCACUCCUUCCGAUAUGGAUGGCAGGAAGAUUAUGCUGAUGGCGAGGAUCUGGGGCUGUUGGCCUGUGGGCACGAUUUCCACGCUUCUUGUGUUGGAAGAUGGUUGGUACAGAAGAACGUCUGCCCGAUCUGUAAGGAGACGGCCUUAUCUACCUGA